UUUGUUAGGAUUUUACUGGUAACUUUGCACAGCAUCAAACGAUCAAAGAAAAACUUCGCCAUGGGAAGAAGACCUGCAAGGUGUUACAGACAGAUCAAAAACAAGCCAUAUCCCAAAUCACGAUACUGCAGAGGUGUCCCUGAUCCCAAAAUCAGAAUCUACGAUGUUGGAAUGAAGAAGAAAGGAGUCGAUGAGUUCCCCUUCUGUGUUCAUUUAGUGAGUUGGGAGAAAGAGAAUGUCUCAAGUGAAGCACUUGAAGCUGCUCGAAUUGCCUGCAACAAAUACAUGACAAAAUUUGCAGGAAAAGAUGCUUUCCAUUUGAGAGUUAGGGUUCAUCCAUUCCAUGUGUUGCGAAUCAACAAGAUGUUGUCAUGUGCUGGUGCUGAUAGGCUUCAAACAGGCAUGAGGGGUGCUUUUGGUAAACCACAGGGAGUAUGUGCUCGUGUUAGCAUUGGUCAAGUUCUUCUUUCUGUUAGAUGCAAAGAUGGGAAUAGUCAGAAUGCUCAAGAGGCAUUGAGAAGGGCUAAAUUCAAGUUUCCUGGUCGACAAAAGAUUAUUGUUAGCAGGAAAUGGGGAUUUACCAAGUUUAGCAGAACUGAUUAUGUGCAAUGGAAAUCUGAGAAUCGCAUCAUGUCUGAUGGUGUUAAUGCCAAGCUUCUUGGAUGCCAUGGACCCCUUGCAAAUCGUCAACCUGGAAGAGCAUUUAUAAAUGCUGUUGCUUAAAGUGGAUUUUGUUCAUUUAGAGUAUCUUGUUAAUUAAUAAACUAUAUUUCAGUCAUGUUUAAAUGUUUUUAUUUUGGAGAACUCAAUACUCGUUUGCUUCUUUGUUGUAAACGAGAAUGUAUUGCAUCUAAUAAUUCUAAUUCGAAAGCUUCCUUUGUACAAUUUAUAAUUUACUACUCUAUGGAUUAAUUCAGUAAGCAA